AGACAUCCUCACCUUCUUCCAAACCAGCCAGCCUCUACCAUGUGUCACACCAGCUGCUCUUCAGGGUGCCAGCCAUCCUGCUGUGUGUCCAGCUCCUGCCAGCCAUCCUGUUGUGUGUCUAGUCCCUGCCAGGCAUCCUGCUUUGUGUCCAGCCCCUGCCAGCCAUCCUGCUGUGUGUCCAGCUCCUGCCAGUCAGCAUGCUGCAGGCCUGCUAUAUGCAUUCCUGUUAGAUACCAGGUAGCCUGCUGUGUGCCUGUGAGCUGUGGGCCCACUGUGUGCAUGGCUCCCUCCUGCCAGUCCUCUGUGUGUGUGCCUGUGAGCUGCCGGCCUGUCUGUGUGACCUCCUCCUGCCAGUCAUCUGGAUGCUGCCAGCCCUCCUGCCCCACUCUGGUCUGCAAGCCUGUCACCUGUAGCAACCCCUCUUGCUGUUGAUCAGGCUCUCCAAACCAGAUCCUGACAGAUGGGACACACUUGCUGUCUCACAACCUGUUCAACUUGACCUCAGGUUUAGAGUUCGCACCAGGUGGGAACCCUACCUGUCCCACCCCGAACCUUGAAGAACAGAUUCCAGAAGUAGGAUCUGUAUCUGCUGAUCUCUCAUGGAUGUCCUGGCUGCAGGGACCUUCUCUAACCCUGUGUACUAAAUAAACCAGUUUUUUGAGUUUAGCUGC